UCCAUUCUCGAGGAAGGAACAGACUAUGGAGCUUACUUUUCAGGGUGAAAGCAAGCAGGAGAAAGUCCUUGAUCUGUCAGGCAGAACUUGAGCCGGUGGUGUAAGUUGAGACUUCACAUGAGACUUGAUAUGGGUCGAUGUGAGAAGGGAAAGCGAACGCGGCCUGUGGUUUGGUCAGUGAAGAGAGAAUUUUGCACGUGAAAGGAGUACACAUAUUUCCUCCUUAACUUUCACUACUUCCGGUUUGUUUAGUAUUUUCAUCUAACUUUGACUAAUAAAUUUGAUUAUUCGUUAGGAAAGAUGGUUCGAUUAAGGCAUAGAUAUAUUAUUGCUGAAGUGCAAAUGGAAGAAGAAUGGAAAUCUGGAAAUGUUACGAGACAAAAUGCACUGAUGGAGGCGAUAAAUAAAUCGAUUCGAAGUUUGCACGGUAUUCAAGGAGUAGCUUUAUCCAAAGCUGGGCUAUACGCCAAAUAUAUUAACCCCUCGACAAAAAUUUGUUUCAUAAGAAUGAGAAGAACGGCGUAUGAAAUAGUUACUUCGUCACUCCCAUUUGUAACUCGCCUGGAUGGACAACUCAUGUCAUUUAAAACUAUUUAUACGGGUGCUACCAUUAGACAUUGUAACAUAUUUCUGCAAAAGUAUCACAGAAGAGAGCUGGAAACCAAGUACGGUUCGUUGAAGUCAGAUUUACAGAGGAAAUUGUUUGAAGCUGAACUUGCUAAUAUGGCACCCUUAUCAGUCAAGAUUUCUUAAUACUUUCAAGUAGGGAUUUGUUUUUACACCAUUUUCUGGUAUCAAUGACGUGUAUUUAUUUUUGUAUAAGACGUAAUAAAGUUUCUACUUAUUAACACGGUUAUGUGCGAACGAUAUCAAUUGAUUAAAUGUACAGCUCUAUUUGUAUCGUGUAGAGACACACGCAGGGCUAAUCCUAAGUGUCAGGAGAAUAAUCGAGAUAACCGAGAUUUGAAGCAUCAUAUAUAAGACCAAUAAUUUCCACUUCCGGGGUCAAUCUGACUGCCCCCUCGAGGUCAUGGGGGGUGACCACAUAAUUUGUUGGAGAAUUACUUGUUUCGUCUUAUUGACACAUUUCAUUUGCUACGAUUAUUUUAUUCAUUUUCACUUAAAAUGUAACUUUCUCUCAUAAAUUAAUUAAUACAAAUUUAUUUAGAUGACUCUGUAUUAUCUAAAAAUGCUAAGAAAUAAAUACUCUCUUGAUUUGGA